CCAAGAUAGUGCCCCUUCUCCGUGAAAAGAUCGCCAACAGCUUCCACAAUUUGGCGAUAGACAGCUCCUCGGUUCUCUAAACCACAGCAGUAGUCCAUCUUCAGACCAUAGAAAUCAGUGCACUCUGCAGGAACGAACCUCAGUCUUGGCAGCUUUUAGAUGUUUGCUGAUUUGACGUUUUAAUGUCAUUAACUGUCAGUCCUAUGAAAGUUGGAUGGUGGAUGGUUUGUUUUCAUUGGUAGCGGAAUUUUCAAGUCGAAAACAUCACCAUGGCUCUAGCAAUGCAGAAACGUAACAAUAUCCGGCUGCCACCAGAAGUAAACCGAGUGCUCUACGUCCGUAAUCUUCCCUACAAAAUCACAUCCGAUGAAAUGUACGAUAUUUUCGGCAAGUUUGGAGCAAUUCGGCAAAUUCGAGUAGGCAAUACACCCGAAACACGAGGCACUGCCUUUGUUGUCUACGAGGAUAUCUUCGAUGCGAAAAACGCCUGUGAUCACUUGUCUGGAUUCAACGUUUGUAAUCGAUAUUUGGUAGUGCUUUACUACCAAUCCAAUAAAGCAUUCAAGAGACUCGAUGUGGACAAAAAGCAAGAGGAACUCAACAACUUGAAGACUAAAUUUAACAUCAGAACGGACGAAGUGAAGAAGUAAAAUUAGGAAUAAGAAUUUUUUACUUGGAAAGGAACCGCUCUUAGUGCACAACUAAGUCGAAUAAGGUUAAAGGAUUGCUGUCACCAUAAUGUGUUGGUGUUUGCAGUCUCACUCGUGAAUAUGAUUUAAUUAACUUUUACUUUGUAAAAUCAUCUCAUUGUCACUUUCAUCCUGCCAUCCCAUCAUAAAAAAAAGAAAAAUAAACACGUAAAACCCAAUUUAA